GACGGGCGCUCGGCACUGGGGGCGGGACGGCCUGGGUCCGGCUUGGCCUGCAGUGCGCCGAGGACGCCGCGCGAGCAUGUACCGGCUGCUGAGCCCGAGCCUGGGCCGAGGCCUCCUGCGGGCCGCGGGGCGGCGGUGCCGGGACUGCUCGGCGCGCCUGCUCCUGGGGCCGGCAGGAGGCCGCGCGUCUGAGGUGGGGGUGCCGGUAUCCCGAGUCGCGCCGCGCGGCCGGGGCCCGGGCCUGCUGCCACUGCUGGCAGCGCUCGCCUGGUUCUCGAGGCCCGCUGCGGCAGAGGAGGAGGAGGAGCGGCAGGGAGCGGGCGGGGCCGCCGCCGAGGGCGCGGUGGACGAGACCGAGGCCGAGAUCAUUCAGCUGCUGAAGCGAGCCAAGUUGAGCAUCAUGAAAGAUGAGCCAGAAGAGGCUGAGCUAAUUUUACAUGACGCUCUUCGUCUUGCCUAUCAGAGCGAUAACAGGAAGGCCAUCACUUACACUUAUGAUUUGAUGGCCAACUUGGCAUUUAUACGGGGUCAACUUGAAAAUGCGGAAAAACUUUUUAAAGCAACCAUGAGUUACCUGCUUGGAGGGGGCAUGCAACAGGAAGACAAUGCGAUAAUUGAAAUCUCUCUAAAGUUGGCCAGUAUCUAUGCUGCUCAAAAUAGACAGGAAUUUGCUCUUGCUGGCUAUGAAUUCUGCAUUUCAACCCUAGAGGAAAAAAUUGAAAGAGAAAAGGAAUUAGCAGAAGACAUUUUGUCAGUGGAAGAGAAAGCCAACACCCACCUCCUCCUUGGCAUGUGCUUAGACACCUAUGCCCGCUACCUUCUGUUCUCCAAGCAGCCGGCACAGGCACAGAGGAUGUAUGAAAAGGCUUUGCAGAUUUCUGAAGAAAUACUAGGAGAAAGACACCCACAGGGUCGGGAGACUAGUAGAUCGCAGAUCACAGAAAUAAAGCAGAUCGCGGAAAACCCAGAUCCGACAAAUCUCGCCGCAUCACUGGAGGUACUUGAGGAAAAGAUGGAGAAGUACGACUUUCAACCCAAAGGGAAGGUCUGGAUGCCACAGAGGUUUAUCCUACUGAGUAUCUACCAGUGACGUGGGUGACGAUGCUGUGAGUACAGAACUGUUACAAGCCAGUGAGCGCACCGCCAGAGACGUGGGGUUGGCACGCCAGAGUGGGGCCAGCGCCCCAUGACUCACCAGUUAGGCAGUCUGCACGGGUUCUUAAACCUCCCUAGGUUUCCUCAUCCGCACAAUGGAGACGAUUACACUGUGGAGGGUGUAGGGCCGCUGUGAGGAUUAAAUGCCUUGUACAUGCUUCCAAGUGCCCAGAGCUAUAACGACAUAACUGUCUGCCUGCCAUUACUGUUAUUCUAUUUUCACACGGUGGACUGAUCGCAUCUACAGAUGAAUGCUGAAAUGACUGAACAGAGAUCCAGGAAGACACUGCUGGGGUAGGAAAAGUAACUGAGUGGCCCAGCACGGACUUGGAGCCAGGACUCCAAAAGUACAGCAAAGGAAAGGUACAGACCCAGAGCAGCGCAUCAAGAUACCCUGAUAUUUAUGCUCGUAUUAAGUGCACUAUAUCCUAACUGCGUGCUCGUUGCCCAACACCCUAAUACAAUCUACACUCCUGAACAGUGAUGCCUCUGGGGCAGAGCACACUACUCAGAACUUACUGAGAGGUUAAGCUAAAUAAAGUGGUUUUCUGCGGAGGGACGCUCAGAACCAGCAGCGUGAACAGCUGAUGACGCAGGAUGUUUACAGAGAGAAGACUUGAAGGACACGCUCUGUCUUCAAAUGGCUGCGGAGUGGUCAUGCAGACUCGGCCCAAACGGAUAAAACUAAGACCGAUGGGUAAAAAAAAAACUACAUGAAGAGCUAAUCUGGCCCCACAUUUGUUCAAAGAGAAGACGGACAGCUUCAGAAAGCAGCAAGUUCUUGCUCUCUAGCAGGCAAUCUUCAUGUACUGGCAGACAUUUGAGAAGAAACUUUAAGAUCAAAUGUGAUUGGACAGACGCCUACAAGAGCCUUCAAACUCAAGGAUCGCAUGAGAGGCAACACCAGAGAUACAAUUAUUAUUAAUGCAGGUUUUAUUUUGGGAUUCAUGAAAGAAAUCCCACUUACCCAUAUCAGAGUCACCUCCACCAGAGGAGUUCAACUUACGAAAAAUCUCCUGCUUCUUUGAUUUAACCAUGGGUGACGUGUUUUCGAGCUUGGUGAAGAAGGAAGGCAAGUAGCUUAUACUCCCUGGCGAGCGGGAAUCAUUCCUGUGGGGAACACAGUUAUGCCUAUUAUGUCUGUUUCAUCAUGUGCUAACCUUGGGGGUGUACCCACUUCCCCAUUUCGUGUCUGUGGAUAACCCUACGUCACAUAUGGGGACACAAAUACUUCAGCACGCUCAUAAAGUUAGGACUGCAAUGGAGAUAAUCUAGGAUGGAGAUUCUUAACGAAGACCGAAUAAGCAACAAACGAUGUUAACAGGAAAGUGAGAAACAGCUUACCAUGAUGCCAUCUGCUUAACAGCACAGACACUGGUAUUAUUUAUAGCUGCCACAUACACCAGGAACUAUUCACUAUUCUACUAGCAGAACUGCUAUGAAGUAGAAGAAAUUAAAACUAAUGGCACGACUUGCCUAUAAAACAGCAAGAGCUCAUACCUAAGCAAUCAAAACCUGGGGCCUUCA